UUAGCCUCUACGGAUAUAACCCGGAUCCGAAUCGAAACAGGAACAUAUUUUUCUCUUUGAAUGAAACCUUCUCGUCGCUCACAUUGGCACGAAACAGCUGCGAAUCACCUACCUCGCUCGAUCCGAAUCCAUCUGCAACUUCAGUUCGUCUUCUUCAAAGAUCAUGCCUGGGCAGAAGAUUGAAACAGGUCAUACAGACAUAAUCCAUGAUGUCUGUAUGGAUUACUAUGGAAAAAGAGUAGCAUCCGCCUCCUCUGAUGCCACCAUCAAGAUAAUCAGUGUCACCACCACCACCACCACCACCGCCACCUCACACCCCCUUGCCACAUUGACAGGUCACAAUGGUCCAGUCUGGCAGGUUGCAUGGGCCCACCCCAAAUUCGGGUCACUUCUUGCAUCAUGUUCAUACGAUGGCACUGUAAUAAUCUGGAAAGAAGGCAACUUAAACGACUGGACACUUGCUCACACCUUUAAUAACCACAAAUCAUCUGUAAACUCAAUCGCGUGGGCCCCACAUGAACUUGGUCUCUGUUUAGCUUGUGGGUCCUCUGAUGGGGACAUUUCGGUUCACACUGCCAGGUCAGACGGUGGGUGGGACACCACAAAGAUUGACCAAGCUCACCCUGUUGGCGUGACAACUGUCACGUGGGCCCCAUCAAUGACACCUGGAUCUUUAAUCGGGUCUGGUGUGUUUGACCCUGUUCAGAAGUUAGCAUCAGGUGGAAAUGACAACAUUGUGAAGAUAUGGAAUUUUGUUAAUGGAGAAUGGAAAUUGGAUUCCAUUCCUACCCUUAAAAUGCAUGGUGAUAUUGUAAGGGAUGUGGCGUGGGCCCCAAAUUUAGGGCUUCCAAAGAGCACAAUUGCAAGUGCUUCACAAGAUGGGAGUGUUGUGAUAUGGAGUGUGGGUGGGAAAGAAGGUGAGGAGUGGAAAGGGAAGGUGUUAAAUGACUUUAAAGCCCCUGUUUGGAGAGUGUCGUGGUCGCUAACUGGGAAUCUUUUGGCUGUUGCUUCUGGGGACAAUAAUGUCACGUUGUGGAAAGAAGCUCUUGAUGGCGAAUGGCAACAGGUAAAAACUUCUGAAUAGUUUUUUUUUUUUUUUUUUUUUUAUUCAAUACAGAAUUUUGAAAAUUUUUUUUUAAUGCAUGUUUUGUUGUUUUAAAUUGGGAAUGAUUUAUGUGAUUGGUUGUUUUGAAAAUGUUAGAAGGAACAAAAGUGAUGGAUGAUAUGGUUUAUGUUUAGUUUUUGAUGACUUGUAUGACUCUCAUCAUUAAGUUCUGAAUCUUAAUAGAUGAUUUCAUA